UUUACACUUUUACACUUUUAACAACACUCUAUCCUCAAGAAAUUUUAAAAAACAAAAAAAUGAUUUCAGAUGUGUACAAGGCGUAAACGUAACCUCUAGUCAAAAUUUUCAAAGCACAAAACACAUGAACAUAACUGAUAACACCACCAGAAAAUAACGCAACUAACCAAUAACCUAUUAAAACAUUAAACCGCAUCAAACAUACCAUAAACAAACAAUGGCUCCCAUUCCCAUUCUCUUAAAAAAACCUUGCUUAUGUAUUUGUACCCUAUCCCUAUGCUUUAUACUCCAACUAGCCACAUCUCACAAACCCGACCCAGUGUUAAAAAGGUACGAAAAAUGGCUCCAAAAGUAUGAAAGAGAAUACCAAAGUAGAAACGAGUGGCAACAAAGAUUUGGAAUUUACAAAUCUAAUGUCCAAUUUAUUGACUAUAUCAACUCCCAAAAUCUUUCCUACAAACUCACAGACAACAAAUACGCAGACAUGACAAAUGACGAAUUUAGCUCUUUUUAUUUCGGUUAUAACAAUCAUCAACACUCAGGUUCAGAUUCAGGUUCGGGUUCAGAUUCAGACAAACCUGAACCUGAACCCAAACCUGGUGAUUUGCCAAAAAGUCUGGAUUGGAGAAAAAGAGGCGCGGUGACUCAUGUCAGAGAUCAAGGCCAUUGCGGAGCCUGUUGGGCGUUCUCUGCUGUAGCAGCAAUCGAAGGCAUUAACAAAAUCAAAGGAGGCAAUUUGACGAUUCUAUCCGAACAAAUGCUUGUGGAUUGUGAUGUCAACAAUGGUGACAAAGGAUGUCGCGGGGGUAUAAUGGAGAAAGCAUAUAACUUUAUAAAAAAAAACGGUGGAAUCACUACAGCACAAGAUUACCCAUAUGUAGGAAAAGACGAAGGUUGCAAAAAAUUGAAAGCUCAAGAACUUUCAGUCAUGAUAAAAGGAUACGAAACUAUAAAAAGUAAAGAUGAGAAAAGUCUCCAAUCUGCAGUUGCAAAGCAACCCGUAUCAGUUGCCAUUGCUGCAGGGUUUUUAUUCCAGCUUUACGGAAGUGGGCUUUAUUCGGGCCCGUGUGGGACCCACCUUAACCAUGCUGUAACCGUGGUUGGGUUUGGGGAAGAAGAUGGAAGAAAGUAUUGGAUUGUUAAAAACUCAUGGGGGACUGAUUGGGGUGAAAAUGGUUAUAUGAGAAUUGAAAGAGAGAGUAAAUAUAAAGGAGGUAAGUGUGGGAUUGCAAAAGACUCUACUUACCCUGUACUUAUAUGAUUAUAUAAAAAUCACAAAAUAAAAUGUAACUAUGAAUCUAUGAUUAUUAUAUAAAGAUUAAAGACAAUGUCUAAGAGUU